AUGGAACAACAAGAAGAAGCCCCUCCACCGCCACUUCCGCCACCACCCACCACCACAUCCUACCUCCUCGCACCCUCAUUGGACCCUCCUCGACAGCCUGAUCAAGUCCUUUCAUAUAUAGAUUGGGUCAACCUCCUUUCCUCUCCCAGUGGGCUCCAUAAUCCAUUAUUAUCAGAAGGUAUUUCUAUGGCAACAGAAAAUCUUAUGGCUGAAGACGACAUGAACAACAACAAGGUUAAAAGAAGAGCUGGUGGUCGGAAUGGAAAAUCGACCCGGCCUCGGUUCGCCUUUCAGACUAGGAGCGCCGAUGAUAUACUUGACGACGGGUUUCGUUGGAGAAAAUAUGGACAGAAAGCUGUAAAGAAUAGCAUAUAUCCCAGGAGCUACUAUCGGUGCACACACCACACAUGCAAUGUGAAGAAACAGGCACAGGAAGAGGUUUACACGACAGGAACUGGAAAAAACGGUACAAAUCCGAUUAUACAAGACUAUGAAUUCUACAGUGCAACUCAAGAGCAAGAGCUUGGGCCAAAAUUAAAGUGGGCUGCAGCUAAAGCAACCCGCCAACCUUUCUCUCUCCCCCAAUCAAAUGGAGCCCCCCACUACUCCACUCAGUUCCCAAUGUCCACCACCACUCCUUCCUCCGCCACCUUUUCCUUCGCAUACGGUGGCGCACCACCACCACCAAACACCUCCUCUAUCUCCCUAAACCUAACUAAACUCGGCAUCGGCUAUGCCAUCGCAAUCACCCUCGGUUUUCUGGUCCUAUUCUCCACUAUCCUCCUCACUUCCUACAUAUGUUGCCGUUAUCGUCGAUCUCAAAACCCUAACCCUAAUAACUCCUCCGACGACAAUGGAAUCUAUUUACCUCGCAUUAUUUUUGUAGCAGAAGACGAUGAUGAAGAAGACAACGAAAUUGUUGCUGUUGGUCUUGAUCAAGCUGUGAUAAAUUCGUAUCCGAGAUUUGCUUUUUCCAAGGACCGUGGAAUCAGUGGUGGAAAUAGUGAUUCAAUGUGUUCGAUCUGUUUGUGUGAGUACAAGAACUCGGAGAUGCUGAGAAUUUUACCGGAUUGUAAGCAUUACUUUCACUUGACAUGUAUUGACGCGUGGUUAAAGCUCAAUGCCUCAUGUCCGGUGUGUCGGAGCUCUCCGCUGCCGACGCCGUUGUCCACGCCGCUGCAGGAGGUGGUGCCUCUGUCUCAGUACUCCGAUGGUCGGAGGAGAUGA